AUGCGAAAUCUUGACGCACCAAGAAUGUGUAAUGGCACACGUCUACAAAUUACACAACUGGGACGCAAUAUUGUGAGAGCAAUAAUUAUGACAGGAACAGCAAAGGGAGAAGAAGUGUUAAUUCCCCGUAUUCCAAUAAUCCCUACCGAUUUGCCAUUCCAAUUCAAAAGAGUACAAUUUCCCCUGAAAGCAGCAUUCGCUAUGACGAUAAACAAAGCUCAAGGACAGACACUCAAAGUAGCUGGUGUUCAUUUAGAAAAAAACUGUUUCUCCCAUGGGCAACUGUAUGUGGCGUGCUCACGAGUAUCGAGUCCACAAAACCUACAUGUUUUGACCAAAGAAGGAAAAACAAAAAAUGUCGUAUACAAAAACGUAUUAAACUAA